AGUCAACAGCACAGCGCCAAGUAAAACAAAGCUGUCAUGCAGAUAGUUCAAGGCGGCUUUAGGAUUUCGUUUUUUAGGUUUUGGGGCAGAAAUUCUACAAUGAAUAAAUAAGAAAGAAAGAAAAACUUGGCACAGGUCCAAGUUCUGUGGUCUUAAUGGUGUUCGCAGGCCAUUUCCCGUCUGUGGCCAGCUGGAAGUUCGGUAUGAGUAGAUGUUAGCCUAAUCUUCAAAUCUACUUCCUGUCGUCCGGAACCAGUUGUGAUGAGCAAGAAAUUGCAUUAAUAUCAAUCUUGUGAAACUAUUCUAAGUCUGUGGCUUUUAUCUCUGAGAUGUUACGAAGGGAAACGCCAAAAUAAGAAAAGAAAAUGAAGAUCUGGCUACUUCUUUUGCUAGCUCUGAUAGUAGGCUACAUUAGUUUUUCAAACUGCAAAUCCAGUAAAUAUAUGAAACAGCAUAAAAAGGCCCCUUCACAGACAAAACAAAGGUUUGAGAACGACUUUCUCCCAACACUGAAGUUAAAAAGAGUCCACAGAGAGCCGCCCGAUGUUGAGCACGCCUACCACGAGGAGCACAGAGAUCGCCACAUUUCAUUGCCAGACUUCCACGACGAAAGCCACGUUGAGGUGUUUGGUCACGUGUACACGCACGACGGAGAUCUGGUAGGGGCGUCCAAGUCGGAGCUCGGAUACGACGUGGAGGAUUGCCAUGUGUGCAGACACCACGCGGAGGAGUAUUUCCACCAGGAAGGUGAAGGCAGCGGCGUGCACGACUAUGGAGAUUAUUAUGAUCACGAAUACAUGGGCGAUGACAUUGAUUACUACUUCGAGGUCCGAGGGAGAGGGGGUGGUGAAAGAGACGUGGAAGACUAUGUCUUGCUUGAGGAUGAGGACCAAGACUGUUGCAGCUGUAACUGUCAAAGGAGGCACACACAUAAACCACCAUGCAAGAGAGACCAGGAUGGGAGCUGUUAACAUGACUCUUUCUGUUUCUGCCCUCGUCCUCCUUUGCAUUUUGCCUGUUCAGAGUAUUCAUAAGAGGAAAAACUUAUUUUUUGUUAUGGAAAGUGAUACUAAUUGUUCUUCAAAAAUUAAUUCAGUAUUCUUGAACGUAUUACCAAAUGUAAAACAAGGAAUAAGUUAACUUAUAGUUUCAUUGCUAUAGAAACAUUAGUGUGCGCACUACUGAACCAGAGUAUUAUAUUGUCACUUUGAAAACUAAAGUUGCUUUUAAUUGUAUAUUUACGAAUUUCAUAAAUUUGAUUGUAUCUUAGCAUAGCUAAGAUAGCUUCUUAUAAUAAUGCAGUAAAAAAAAAAAUUAAACAAAGCAUACAUCUUUCAUUUUACAAUCUUCUAAAACAAUAAUAACAAUAAAAAAAAACUGACUCGCUAUUUACAUUUGUUUACAAAGAGUCAAAUGGAAUGAACUUUUGAAAUGUAAAGCUAAGCUCUAUUAUAUAUCAUCCUAGGCAAAAGAAUGAUCCGAGAUUAAUUGAAUUAGCUAUACUGUAUAGAAAGAAUUUUAAAGCAUCCAAAAUUUAAAAAAAAAUGAAUUAGUCAAUUUGAAUUUAGAUAUAGUUGAAUGUAUUUGUAGGAUUCUGAUGUUAUAAAUGAAUGUUUAGAUAAAGACUUUGAAAUAUCAAAAAUGUAACAUCUAUAAUGUAUUUGGGAGUCUAGAACAUCUGUGCAUUGGCUGCCUGAAACAUAUGAAAAAAAAAUGAAAUAAAAUGGUUUUGUUUA